GCUACCGUAAAAACAACAACUAAAACUGUUUUGAAGCCAUCGCGUUCAAAAACUAUUUAUCCACGAACUCCACGCUCGGAUAUUUCGCGAUUUAUCGUAUGAACUUUGAAAUAAAAGAUCUACGAUACUCGUGUAAUAAGCAGUACAUCUAUUAAAUUCCAUUACGGUUGUUGUGUACGUACACGCAUUGACGCCCUGGUAACUAACAACAACAACAACAUUAUUAUUGAUCGUAAUCAUUAUUAUCAACAAAAGUCGUCGUAUUCUUUAAUUUCUCGUCGUUUUAUUGCCAAGUGACAUCGCGUUGGGUAGUAAAUAAGUAAUAAAGUAUAUUACCUGUCGCCAAUCGCAAUGUUGGAUCAAUGCAAUGUUUAAGCAGCACUGCUGUUUAUUUUACCCGCAAUAAAUAAUUUUGUCCCGCACUAUGUGUUAUUAGUUAUUUAGACUGUGUUGUCGCAUUACGUAUCUAGUUCAUUGGUUAAUUUUGAAAUAAAAAUGAGCAGCGCCACAAAGGGUAGAAACAGUAUCGACCAACAGUACACCAAAUAUGUCUUCAAUACUUCCAAUGGUCAUGAGACUUGUGUGUUUUAUCCGUCAGCAUUGGACCGACCGUUGGAUGAUGUGCCUUGGAAAUCGGUUAACAUGUCAUUUAAGUUGUUAAAUGUUGACUCAAAAUUGGUGUUAACUUUACUAGCAAACCAUGGAUUUCGUGAGGUUAACUCUGAUUCAAAUGAUUAUAAUUUAUUAUGGUCAAACAAUCAUGUUAAUACGAAAAUCAUUAGUUCGUUGAGAUCUUACCAGCGUGUCAAUCAUUUUCCUAGAUCAUGCGAAUUAACGCGCAAAGAUAAGCUAUACAAAAAUAUCGAAAUUAUGAGCCAUCGUAAUGGAAUUAAAAACUUCUCUUUUGUUCCCGAAACGUAUAUUAUGCCCAAAGACUACAACCGAUUUAUUUCGAAUCAAUACCGGCAUCGAGGCUUAUGGAUAAUAAAACCUUUCGACUUAUCCCGAGGAAGAGGAAUCACAAUUAUGGACUAUUCGUUCAAGGACACCCAAUCGUCGUUAAAAGAAAACGUUGUUGUUGCCAAGUACAUUGAUAACCCUUUAUUAGUCAACGGGUUCAAAUGGGAUCUACGUUUGUAUGUACUGGUUACAUCGUUCAAUCCACUUGUUGUGUAUCUGUACGAAGAAGGUUUGGUUAGGUUUGCUACUGUAAAAUACGUUUGUGAUAGAAGUAGAAUUAAUAAUCGACGGAUGCAUCUGUGCAACUAUAGUGUCAACAAAAGCAGUCCUAGCUAUAUUAGAAAUUCAGAUCCUGAACGAGAAAACGUUGGCCAUAAAUGGUCCAUGAGUGCUCUUUUAAAUCAUCUAAGAAAAGAGUAUCUUAUCAAUACUGAAACUUUGAUGAGGGAAAUCGAAGACAUUGUAAUAAAAACAAUUAUGAGCGCAACUGCUCAAAUGUUACCAGCAAUCAAUUGCUUUGUACCUCAUAAUCAAAAUUGUUUCGAACUGUAUGGGUUUGAUAUUUUGGUGGACAAUAAGUUAAAGCCUUGGCUGCUUGAGGUAAACCUAUCGCCGUCAUUGGGGAUAGACUCGGCACUUGAUUCUCGCAUUAAAAGUUCAAUGCUAUGUGAUUUAUUUACUUUGAUUGGUAUCCCAAUUGUUGACCCAACGGUCUUCAAUUUUAACAAUGUUCGGAGGCCAAAAUCUGAUAUACCAAGGAAGAGAAACACAAAUGUCAAUAUAAACAAUCUUAGCAAUGAUGAAAAACGUUUAUUAAAAAACACAACAGAUCAAAAUCUGAGAAGCAGAGGGUUUAUACGGAUUUUCCCUACUGACGUAUCGUGGAAAAAAUACUCCUCUUACUUGGACAAUAUCAAUGGCAUACCUAGGGGAUCCACCAUACCGCCGUUCUAUGUGAAGCUAAUAAGAAAUUACAAUUAUUUUUUAAACGACCAUUUAUUCAGUGACAAUUCCUCAUUUUAUAUGGAUAUCAGUCGACAGGAUCGUUAUGAACGGUCUUUGAAAGAUUCUCAGCGGAAUUUAAAUGAUUAUAAUGAUAUAGAUGAUACAGCCGAUAUAUCAAAGGUAAAAAGAGCAAUAUCAAAAUGCUUGAGGGAUGGUUAUACAUUCAGUGAUCUUCAGGCUCGACAAACAUUUGCUCUGUACUUGACUUAUAUUUCUGCAUUAUUAAAAAAAUGUGCUUUGGAGAAACAUUAUGUCAAUCCAUCUAGUGAUCUAGUACUGAUGUUUUUGGUAAAAGCUUCAAAAAAUCUCAGUAUUCCUUUAGAAAUUGAGAUUCCCAAGUCUACGUUGUCGACGGAUAAAAAAUCCAUGGAAAUAUUUCAACUGCUGGAAAGUUUUUUACUGAAAUACAAUUACGAUACAGUAAUGUACACAGCCCACGAGAGUACAUCAAACUGUUUGCCGCACAAGUUGUUCAACUUAUUUCUCUCGCGUGCCAGGAAAGAAGAUAUUGAAGAAGUAAUCGGGUAUUCUAAGCACAAUUGUCUGUCGUCUGCAAUACAUCCAGUGAUCGAUACUAAAACUUCGAUUAGAAGUCAAGAAUCAAAAUUCGAAAAUAGACAAGUACCUCGUAAAUUGUAAUCUUUUUAUGCUAGAUUUGAUUCCUCAGUUCCACUUUGUUACAUUUGUAUUCUCAUAUUUCGUUUUGUUGGUUUGGGUUAUUUUCUUCUUUACCAUAAUGCUGUCGAAGAAUAUUUUGAUGAUCACUACUUUAUAUGUAUAACCAGCGAUCACAUUUUAUCAUUAAGACUAUUUCAUAUACACAAUAUGGAUCAAUUGCAGUAUUUUUCGACGAACUGUUUAUUAACCGUUGACUAUUGAUGGCUGUCGACCUUUUUUACCACCCGAUACUAAACGCCACACUGUUGAUGCACGCAUAGGAUCAAAUCAGUACGACAUUAUGUCAUUAUGACCUAACACCUGUGUAUUUGUAUUAUUUCCUCUGCUGAAAUAUUUAUACAGCUUCGUAUAAGAGGACACCACAUCAGUAUAUGUUAUCUGCGUCUUACAUACGUACAACAAAACUAAUCUGCGUUUAGUAGAAACAAUUUUCUAUUGUUAACUUCAAUAUUAGAGUAAAGUAACCUAUUAUAAAAUUCGAAUGAAAGAAUAUUAUCUACGCGGUGUUAUAGGAUUUCUAAAAUAUUUUAAUUUUUAAACGAGUU